AUGGCUGAUGUUCUCCUUGAUUUACUCGAUGCUCGGCAGUCUACGAGCCUCGAUACCGACGCCAAUGCUCUGUUCAACCCGACAACUAGGUCAACCAAGCUCGCAUACCUGUCCCACCUCGCUGAUCAGAGUCCGGAAGCACUAGCCUCGACUGAGCCUCAAUCCCUGGCCCAGACAUCACAUUCACUUCUCCUCUCGCUCCAAGGGGUCUCAAAGCGCUCUCACAAAUCCAUCAUCGACUCGGCUUCAAACCACACUGGCCUGACCCGCGCAUUGCCCACUCUUGUUGCAGACACGGCAGACCUGCGCAAUGCUAUUCCCAAGCUCGAAUCAGAGGCCCUGCGCUUUUCCACCAUCUACAGUAAAUCCAGGGACAACGAGGACUUGGCCGAAAGGAAACGCGCCUUACUGCUACUGCGCAAUGUUGAACGUCUCGUCGACGUGCUGGAACUUCCUACUCUCCUCUCUUCCGCCAUCAAUACUGUUCCUGCUAAUUACGCGUCCGCUCUCGAUCUCAAUGCCCACAUUCGGAGACUUCAUGGCUUGUAUUCAUCUUCGCCGCUGGUCGACCUCGUUUCCCAACAAGCUGACGAGGCCAUCGUGAAGAUGACGGCCGAUCUCAUCGCUGCGCUCAAGUCCCCUGGACUCAAGCUGGCCGCAUCACUGCGAACGAUCAGCUGGCUCAGAAGAGUGCUUCCGGACAUGUCUUCAAUGAGCUCCACGAGCCGCGGUUCUCAGGAACACACCCUCUCACUACUUUUCCUCUGUUGCCGCGUAGCCACCUUGGACGCUACCUUGGGAGCUUUACAACCCCUUCGUGAGCUAGCUGAUGACGAGAGGCAGAGGCAACAGAGCGCCAAUCAACAGUCCUGGUCAGGCGGGCAGCAGACAGAAAAGUAUCUCAAACGCUAUGUCGAGAUCUUCCGUGAGCAGAGCUUCAGCGUUGUCUCCAUGUUCAAGAGCAUAUUUCCCAGCACUGGAUAUCAGACCGGAACUACUUACGACGACGAGGAUCCUUUUAGACCCAUGCCAUCAACGCUAUCGACAUUCCCACUUCAUCUUGUGGAGAUGCUUCUCGAAACCUUGACAAUAUAUCUUCCGGUUGUGAAAGACCAAGCAGCAAGGGAUAGUAUCCUCACUCAAGUUUUGUACUGUUCAGGGAGUUUGGGCAGGCUCGGAGGUGAUUUUGGGAUGCUCUUGGCAACCUUGGGGGACGAACACGAAGUAACGAAACAGUCUGAAUGGGUUGACAUAGUCAAGAGGCACCGAUUACUUUCUGGACGCCUUGAAUCGGUUAUCGGCGACUUCAAGGCGACAGGGGCCAAAGAGGCCACCAAACCGGCAGACGAGAGCAUUAUGCUCUCGAGUAGCUCACCGGAUACAACCAGAGGUUCAUGUUUCUUCAACGUUGCUGCGCUGACCUGUCCCUCUCCUCUCACAGCUCGACAUUUCGUUGCUGGACUAGGUUCCGGCAUUGCAUCGGCAGUGCUGCUGCAACCGCUUGACCUACUCAAGACUCGUGUUCAACAAUCUGGCCACCGAUCACUGACGUCGUAUCUCAGGGAGGUUGCCGCUGCUCCCAACAAGAUCCAGACGCUUUGGCGCGGCACAAUCCCGUCAGCCCUCAGGACCGGCUUCGGUUCGGCCCUCUACUUCACAUCCCUCAACUCCAUCCGCCAGCAUGUGGCCCAGUCGCGCUUAUUGAACCAAGCCGCCGGCAACAGGGCAGCACACUCGUCCUCACUACCGACGCUAACCCCAUCGGCCAAUCUGGUCGCCGGCGCCGUCGCCAGGACGUUUGCCGGAUUUGUCCUCAUGCCGUUGACCGUCAUCAAGGUUCGAUAUGAAUCCAAUUUGUAUUCCUACAAAUCCCUUCUCGGCGCGUCUUCGGACAUAUACAGGACGAAUGGUCCGCGAGGAUUCUUUGCUGGCUUCGGUGCUACCGCCGUCCGUGAUGCACCUUACGCGGGCAUGUAUGUAUUGUUCUACGAGCUGCUCAAGAAGCAGCUUAGCAGUCUGUCUACUCGAAAAGACAGCCCCAAUCCGGAUCGCCCCGUCGCCAUUACAACAUCACAUGCAACGCUAGUCAAUUUCAGCUCUGCCGUCAUGGCGGGUGGAGCGUGCUCCGUCAUCUCGAAUCCUUUCGAUGCUAUCAAAACGAGGAUUCAACUGCAGCCAGCUGUUUACAGAAACAUGUACCAGGCUUGCCAGAAGAUGAUUUCGGAAGAAGGUGUUCGGUCACUUAUGGAUGGUGUUGCGCUCCGCAUGAGCAGAAAAGCAAUGAGUUCAGCUUUGGCCUGGACUGUGUAUGAAGAACUGAUGAGAAGAGCUGAACGCACUUGGUCCUCAAACUUGACGACGACAACGACAGCGGAGCCAUAG